AUGGGGCUCUGGCCACUUGCCCUACAAGUAAUCCUUGUGCCUCAAAGUGUCUUUGGAGACGGACACGGAGAUCGAUACGAGCAACUGUCGUAUUUUGCCUUUGAAAAUGACCAUUAUCAAGUACUCGCACCCCGUCUACUGGACUGCAAUGAACUUCAAACGGUGCUCUUCAAUGGAGCUACACCAAAGCCAACGACCGAUCUCGUGCGUGCGGUACCUCAGCAAAUAUUUGAGCAAGUUCGUGCUUUUGUGGUGAACAAAACGACCGAGGGCCGAGAAGCAAUGCUGUCGGUAUCCUCGGACAUCCUCGGUCUUCCAGCUGACAAGAGUGUCUGCUUUGGAGGUGUAGAUGAUGAAGGCGCCAUACAGAUUGAAGCUCUACUAAGCGCUGCGGACUCCCCGGUGUUUGGUGUGGACGGGUCGUGUCUGGAGACAAGUGACUCUCACAUUCGUAUUCGUCUGCAAUCGACCGAGUUUUACGUCCCCGACUCAAUGGGUGAGCUCAAUCCAUCCCGAUCCUCUGGUGCCAUGUUGAUCACAUCUCUGGUCGGAGCAAAUUUGAACCCUGUGAAGAGCUCAUGCUACGAAGCCACCCGUAAGGCGAGGAACGUAGAGACCCAACGUAACUCUCAGUACCUCCGUCUGGUGUCAGUGUACUCAAAGCAAUUGGUAGUCCCAGAAACCUGUGACGAAUUUAGUCUAUACGGUGGAGAACGCGAUCAGUUUGGCACAACGUACGUACUCGUUCCCAGCACCGUGGCGAAUGAUUCAAUGUGGCUAUCUGAGUGGACAGUCGAAAAGGCAGCAACUGGUGAGGUGCUGCGUCAAAACUUUGUGAACCACAAGGUGAACGAAGUGACAGUGGACAGCACGUACAGUAUUCGACUAGUGAUCAGUCUGCAGAUCUUGGCACUCGUGGUGACUGCGUUCUUGACAAGUAUGCGUGGAUGGUACAAUAUGAAAUGUGCCUUCGUAUCUCCAUGGUCACGAGUCAUGAAUGCCACGACGAGUUGUACCAUUGCAAAGGUAGUUCGCAGUAGCUAUAACUUCAUUCUGGUCGCUCAAAUGGUCUUGGGAAUGAUCCAAUGGCGUAAACAACUGACGAUCGAUUUGUUGGUCGGAGCUGAUACGAACGAAGCUGUACUCCGCGCCUUCGGAUGUGGAACGCUGGUAGUAGUACUCGCGAUUAAUAUUGUUUUUGCUCGUGCUGGUGAUCUAAAGAUGCAAGAGAUGGAACCGAGUUUCGCGCACGUAUUACUAGCGACGGGUAUGACCUCGGUAUCAGCAAGUGACGUUACUAAGUAUUCAGGUUGUCGUGGCUCUGCUGUUUGCGCCAAGGAAGUAUCACUGGGCAUUUACACCGUUGUACUUGUUAUCGUCAUAGCCGGAGCGACUUUUAUUGGAUUGACUGCUCACGCUAUGUUACAAACCUUAGUUCGCAAAUCUCCAAAGAUUGGAGUAGGUACUAAGAAGUCCUACAAUAUCGGAACUCCAAACUCCGACGCAGUGCCACCCGAAGUUAACUCCUUCACGCGUUUUUUGGAUGAUCGGUCACGGAGUACGUCUCUCUAUGAUAACAGCACGGAAGUGUAUGUGCAACUGUCGCCAGGUGAUGCACUGCUCUCCACGCGAGCUCAACUGGAGGCGAGUGGAUUUGUUCUGGCGACUUCGAUUCUCUUCCGGUAUCGAGACCUUCCUCUAUUUCUUGUUGCUCGUAUUUUACCGAUUCAAUUUCUCAACUUUUUCAACAUGACGGUGACAACGUAUGAGCUGAUCCACACGAGCAGGAUGCUGAAUGAAGUUCCAGUAGUGCUCGUUGCAGAUCAGGUUAUACACACACACUGGUCCAAGUUGAAAGAGGGACGAUUGGAUUGGAUGAACGAAUAUUUUGGUGGCAAUGGGGAAACUUCGUAUCGAUCUUCAAGAGAGUCCAACAGACGGCAAUCUGUUCAAAAGCAAGUGAACACGUAGUUUCCAGGGUGUUUCGCCGCCUUUUGACAACUUGCCAACGUUGUUGACCUUAAUACAUACAUUGCUUCUAGGAUA